UGCACUGAAAUAUCUCUGCGCCUGAAACGACGACGGAAGCUGCCUCGACUGCUCCUUAUAGCCGGCAACAUGUCGCCAGACACCAACACCACGGCCUCCUCCAUUCUGUCUCCCAUUCUGAGCCGCGAGGCUCGCACGGCCAUCGUUAUGGUGAACUUUGGCGUCCUGAGCGCGGCUGUCGGACUGUUCGGCAUCGCCACCAACAUCAUCAACAUCGUUGUGUUCACCAAACAAGGGUUCUCGGACACGGUCAACAUCAGCCUCUUGAGUCUGGCCAUCUCCGAUCUGGGAGCCCUUCUCCCCUUGCCCUGGAUGGCCGUCAUCGUGAACCCGUGGUUCGUUCAGGCGGACCUGCCUUUCAUCCCUGACGAGAUGAUCACGCUGACGGGAGGCUUCCCCCACAUGUGCUUCGCCCGCAUCACAGGCUGGAUCACAGCCUUUGUGGCCUUCGAGCGCUGUAUGUGCGUGUCUCUCCCUCUAAAAGUGAAGAGUAUCAUCACCCGGAAGGUGGUCAUCGGCGUUAACGUCACAAUCUUCAUCAUGGUUUUCCUCAGCAUGGUGCCCAUGUACAGCACCUCCUACUUCGGCCGGAAGUUUUACCCGGACAAGAACAGAACGAUGGUGGGCAUCCUCUACACAGGCAACAAGGAGGAGGUCCAAGCGGUCUCUCUCUUCAUCACAGACUUCGCCGGUCCUAUGUCCGCCUUCACCGUCGUCCUGGUGAGCACUGUGGUCAUCAGGGUCAAGCUAGUGCAGAAAGCCAAGUGGAGACAGACGGCUUCCGGUGCGGCCGUAUCCAAAGCUGAGAUACCUACAAAAGACAAGAAGGUGGUUGUCAUGGUAACCACCAUCUCGGUGAUCUUCAUCGUCUGCUUCACCCCGGUACCCUUGCUCAUGACAGCCAGGUCUAUCGAGCCGGAGCUGAACAUCAUCGGGCGUUACGCCAACAUCAACUGGGUCCUCUUCUCCUCCGCCUUCCUCAUCGAGAGCCUCAACUCUGGCGUGAACAUCCUGGUCUACUACAGGAUGAGCUCCAGGUACAAGGACACAUUCAGGAAGAUCUUCAAACUGAAGACACUUACAAAGUAG